CGGUUUGCGAGGAUGUACCGCGCCAACGACGACCGCAUCAUCGGCCGCCGUUCGUUUGGGAGGCGGGAGGAUUCAUGGCCGUCCAUGAUGAACAAUGAGCAGCCGAACCAGGAGCUCGUCAAGUGUGUCGUCGUGGGCGACACGGCGGUGGGCAAGACGCGGCUCAUCUGCGCCCGUGCCUGCGACACACGUGUCACGCUGUCCCAGCUACUCACCACCCACAUACCAACUGUCUGGGCCAUCGACCAGUACCGUAUCUACAAGGAGGUCCUGGAGCGUUCCCUGGAGGUGGUUGACAGCGUGAAUGUGUCUCUGAGGCUGUGGGACACCUUCGGCGACCACGACAAGGACCGCCGGUUCGCCUACGGAAGGUCAGAUGUGGUGCUGCUCUGCUUCUCAAUUGCGAAUCCAGUGUCUCUGCGUAACUGCAAGGUGGUCUGGUACCCAGAGAUCCGUCAGUACUGCCCCAACACACCCAUCAUUCUGGUUGGCUGCAAGAAUGACCUUCGUUACAUGUACCGUGAUGAGGCAUAUCUCUCCCUUUGCCGUGACCGCAGUCCCUUCUUCAGGGGGCACCACCCCUGCGUGUCUUGCAGGUUUCCAGAGUUUGGAAGGCCUCUCAGGGAGAGCGACCUGUUGCGCCCAGAACAGGGGCGGCUUCUAGCCAAAGAGAUUGGUGCUGCAUACUACGAAACAAGUGUUCUUACGAAUUUCGGUGUAGCUGAGGUUUUUAGCAAUGUCAUCAGGGCAGCUUUGCUGGCCAGGAAGCAGCAGCGAUUCUGGAUGACCAAUCUCAAGCAUGUGCAGCACCCAGCAAUUCAGGUGCCUUUCUGCCCACCCAAGCCUGUGGCACCUGUAGUGUCAGUGCCAGCCAGUCAGUUUCUGGAGCAUAUGCAAGCACUGUUUCAGGGUCAGAUAUUUACGGAUGUGCUCUUCUUUGUGGGCAAAGAAAGUCUGCCUGGCCACCGCUGGUUUUUGGCUGCAGCCUGCCAAGCCUUUCGUGAGCUCUUCUGUGCUAUUGACCCAAACAGCGAGUGUAGCCCACUGGCUGGCCGUAGCUCCAGUGACACCAGCAUGGUCAGUGCUGUGGAGGUUUCCCAAGGCAGUUGCAACAUAGAUGCAGAGCAGAUUCCAAGCACAGACACAGAUGUGGCAGGCAGUCAUACAUCACUGAGCACCUCACUUCAGACAACAUCUCAAAGCAGCGAGACAACAGAGAACUCUGGAAUUGUUCAUCACCACACCACCUGCGAGAUCAAUUCAGAGGCUAGCACAAGCGGUGUCGACUCUUGGCUUGGAUCACGACCCACUAUGCACUUCCCAGCUUUCUCAGCUGUAGGUGUAGAGCAAGACGAAGUGCUUGACCAUCGAGGGCGACUUUCACCAUCUGCACAAGCUGUGGUGGAUGUUUCCAAAGCUAUUACUCCAGCUGCCAUGCUGCAGUGCAUCAGGUAUUUGUACACAGGAGAAAUUGACACUUCCAACUGUCCAGUUUCGGAAAUUCAGGAUGCUGCAGAUUUAAUUUCUGUCCCAAAUUUGCAGGUAUACCUCACCAGCAUACAGAAGCAAGACCUUUUAAAAAACCCUUCAGUGGACAUGAAAUAUUUGGACAAGCUGAAACUGCAGUUAAAAGAUGUUUGCUUGGAUAAAAGUUUGUAUGCAGAUGUACUUUUUCGGCUGGAUGAUGGCUUCUGCUCAGCCCAUCGGCCAUUACUUAUGGCACGGUGUGAAAUGAUGGCAGCCAUGUUCAGUGGAGACUUCCGCGAAAGCUCUGCCAAAGUGGUGCACUUUCCAGGUGUCACCUCUAAGUGCUUCCGACAGCUGUUGACGUACCUGUACCAGGACUCACUGUGCAGUGAAGUGAAUGCUAGCAACUGUCUUGAGCUCAUCAAGCUCGCUGACCAGCUUUGCUUGCCACGGCUAGUGGCACUCAUAGAAGAACGAGUUGUCGAAGAGCUCAGUGAUACAGACCGACAUGCAAGUGCCAAGGAGGAAUCUACUUUAAUGAAUGUUUCCAAAAAGGCCACAGAGUCCUCUGAGCGGAGUGGAGAAGCACAGUCAAAGAAGUCCCUUGGUUCUUCCGAAAGGCUGACCAACUCUCCAGAGAGAGCUGGUGGUGUCCCUCAGAAAGUGGCUGGUUGCUCCAAGGAUGUUAUGGAUGUCUCUGAGGUGGCUUUGCAACUCCUGGAGCCUUGCCAGAUUCACAAUGCAGAUCAGCUGGCUGACUGGUGCUUGUACCGAAUUGCCACCACUUACAAGAAGGUAUUGCAGAACAACCUGAAGCUGUUGCGUAACCUUCAUCCUCAAAACCAGGCCUACUUAAACCGCAACCGCUGGCCUCCAGCAUGGCAAGUUUUUUUUUUUUACUUCAAGUGGUUUUGA